GAGCCGGAUGCGCGGUGCACACUGGAAACCGGAAGUAUAGGCGCAACGACCAAAACUGUCCCUUCUUCCCCCUCCCCCCAAACGCCCAACUUCUGUCCUAACACUCCCGGAGUUGUUGUGGCUUGAGUUUUUGCGCGUCCGUCUCGGUCGGAGUGUGAGGGGAACGUGAGCGUGGAGACUCCCGGUUCGGUGCCAUGGGUCCCCUGGGCAGGAGCAGGACUCUGAGGUUCGGAUUCCCCAUGUUGCUGCUUAUUAUUGGUGGAUCCUUCGGCCUCCGUGAAUUUGCACAGGUUCGCUAUGAUGUUCAAAAAGUGAAGAGGAAGAUUGAUCCAGCUCUUGAAGCUCAGUUAAACAAGAAUAAAAACAAGGUUUCGGUGGAAUCAGAGUAUGAGAAACUACAGCAACAGAACUUGGAUGACUGGGUAAACAUCCGAGGACCACGUCCCUGGGAAGAUUCAAAAUCCUACCAAGAACAGCAGCGGAACAGCCAAAAUGCAAACAGUAUCAUUAACAUGAAACACUGAUCUUGAUCUGUUUACAUCUGAUCACUGAUAUAGCUGAGCUGAGCUGAUGAUCUGAGUUGGUGGCUUUUCCUGAAAAUCUUUGCACUUUUGCAUAGAUUUAAGAGAUGAUACUUUAUUGCAAUAUAAUUUAAAAUGGCAAAUUGGAGACUGUGAAAAAGGAUCUAUUGUAAAUUGUUUCCAAUAUAUGUUUGACUUUUGUUUUCUAAUAAAAUAGUCCUCAAGAUUUCA